UUAAAUUUACUCUGGUAACAAGUCGCUAACUCAAUCAUGGCGGCGUCCACAGGCAGCACCAAUGGGUCGAUGUCGGGCUCAAUAUCGCCUGAUUCGAGCCCAGAAAUGGCUCAAUUUCAGUACAGUACCCUCCUGGAACACCUAAUCGGAGAAAAGCGGCAAAUAAAGGAGCUAAACCCCACAAUAAUGGGCGGCCUUCCGAGUCCUCAUAAGACUGAUGAGCAGAAGAUGAUUGAACGAGGGAUGGAGAGCUGUGCUUUCAAAGCGGUGUUGGCCUGUGUAGGAGGGUUUGUGCUGGGAGGCGCGUUUGGUGUUUUUACUGCAGGCAUCGAUACCAACGUCGGAUUAGACCCCAAGGAUCCCAUGAGGACACCGACAGCAAGAGAAGUGCUGCGGGACAUGGGACAAAGGGGCAUGUCGUAUGCCAAAAAUUUUGCUAUUGUGGGCGCGAUGUUUUCUUGCACCGAGUGUUUGAUUGAAUCACACAGAGGCAAGUCUGACUGGAAAAAUGCUGUUUACAGUGGCUGUGUGACUGGGGGAGCAAUUGGAUUCAGAGCUGGGCUCAAAGCAGGAGUACUUGGGUGUGGAGGCUUUGCAGCUUUUUCUGCAGCAAUAGAAUACUACCUACGAUGAACACCACGACGGGACACUUUAAUUUGCAUUUCUGCCCUGCUGGUUCUCAGUGGAUUCACCCAAGCUGUCUGAGACACACUUCCGGAAUUGGCCGGAGAUUGACAGUUACAGAGGAAUUAUGUGUAGUGUAUCUAAGGACGAUGUAUAGCAGGGGUGUCCAGUCUUAUUCAAAAAGGGUCGGCGUGGGUGCAGGGUUUUGUUUAAUCUCAGCCACUACAACAACUGAUUCAGUGAAUUAACUGCUUAUGGUCUUCAAUCAACACCUUGGUAAAUAGAAUUGGAUGUCUUAGUGCUGGGUUAAAACAAAAAAACCUGCACCCACACCGGCCCUUCCUGGUAUGAUUGGACACCGCUGGGCUGUGGGGACCAGAUGUGAUGUUGUGUUUUGUCUGCAAAGAUUGUACAUAGAAACAAGGCUGCUCAACUCCAGGGAAGCAUCUGAGCCAUAAUUACACCAGUCAGUUUCUUUGAUGAAACUCAGCUCUUUGUCUUGCUCUUAAGAGUUUAAAACAAAGAUGCAUAAACCCCGUGGGACUGUGCCCCCUGAACACUGGGGCUGAGCUAUAAAACAUGGAUUUUCAAACAGUUUGUUCAAUAUUUAUUGUAAAAAAAAAAAAUCAAUGCCUAUAUUAAACAAGUUAUUGUAAUGCCAAUAACCUUUUCUAACUCAACUUUGUUGCCAUUUGUGGUCAUUAAAUGAAAUUCUUGAGGUACAGUGUGCCCUCCAAAAAUAUUUACACCCUUGAUAUAGAAGAAAAGAUUGAGAUGAAGUGCAAAAUAAUUGGAAAAAGUAAUUCUAACAAUCUUUUCCACCUAGGAAUUUUAUUAGUAUUAAAGAAUGUUUUUUGAGCAUACAAUACAGCUGUAUCUGUGUUUAUUUUAUAGCCUUCUUUGCUUUUCUUUUUCAAGGGUGAAUAAUUUUGGAGAGUGACGUAUGAGUUUCCGAUUUACUAAAAAUAUCUAUGUUAGUAGCAGACAAUUAAAGUUGUUGUGUAAUACAAGUUAUUUAUGCUUGCUGCAGUGUGUGCACAGCAAACUUUUUAAACAAAGUGUAAAGGACACCAAAUACACAGUUUCCACAAAACCAUGACCAAGACAACCAUCUGGUGCACUUUUAUUUUAUUUUCCUAAAAAAGAAAAAAAAACAGUUCACAUCAACAUUAACCCUUAUUGUUAAUACAGUAUGUACUCAAUUUCUUCCUAAUGGAAGCAAAAUACACGGUUUGAUUUUUUCUUUAAUCUUAUAUUAAAAAUAUCAAAUGGUACUCAUCUAACAGUGCUUAUUUUAAGAUAUGUUGCGGGCUUGAUAGCAUAAAGGUUGGAUUUGCAUGGCUUUGCACUGAGAGCACUGGCACCAACGCGGCAAAACAGCAGAAGAAUCUACCUUUGUGUUACCCAGCCUGAUGGACGACAAGCUGAACAUGCAACGAGGGCAAUUAACACAAAUCAUCCCAUAAUUACACAAGAAAUGCCGUCAUACACAGGACUGGCUUGACUUUUAAAAGAAGCGACAUUUUCCAUAUUUGUUGGAGUCAUAUUUAACAACCUCCGUUUUAGGCUUCCAGCCCAACUUAAAACGAAAUGCUAACGAAUCGACUGUCAGAAUUUGUACAUCAGUUUUUUUUGUGUUUUUUCCUUUUUUUUUUUUUGUUGUCCAUGUUAUUACAGUACAGCUCAGUCAACAUUGACUGCAAAGGAGAAACGGAACUAAAUAAAAAAACAUCACUACCUGAUAAACUUCAAACAAUCGACUCCGCAGAGCAGUUUUAUAGAUGUACUGGACUGUACAGGCACACGCAAUAUAUAUAUUUAUAAUAAAUAGGGCGAAUUUUGGCCUGGACUCCACACAGGAGGGCAGCGAUCAUCACUAGUUAGCAGCUAACGUUAGCGCGGAACCAGUGGCGGUGGGGGGAAGCCCCACCGAGCGCGGCGUCUCUCCCCGGUCUUAAGGGUGGCGCGCGCGCGCACAACCCUCCUCAAAUCACAUGCACAAAGCAGAGGAAAUCAAAAAGAUAAACUAUCAAACAAAUAAUAUUUAUAAAAUAUGUAAAUGCCAUUUCUGGAAUGCCUCUGGAGAAGAGAGAGAGA